ACAAGUAUUGUAUGAUUUGAUGCAAUGAUAUGUUUAUUAGAUUACCUUUGAAUUCAAUCGUUAAAACACUUCAUAGCUAUAGUGAUAUCGCUUUGAAAUUAACUUAUAAUUCAUUAAACAAUAAUCGUCGUUAUAUUAAAAGUAUGGCUGCAAUGAAAGCACGUGAUGUGAACAAUGAUUUGAUGAAAGAGUCAAUCGAUGACUUAAUCAAAUCAGUUGAAGACAAACGACAAUAUAAGGCACUUAUCCUAAACAAUGGUCUUAAAGUACUCCUAAUAAGCGAUGUCGAGACCGACAAAUCUGCCGCUGCUCUCGAUGUCAACAUUGGAUCAAUGAGUGAUCCUCGAGAAGUGCAAGGGUUGGCCCACUUCUUGGAACACAUGCUUUUCAUGGGCACUGAAAAGUAUCCUCAAGAGAAUGACUACCAGAAGUUUAUUUCCCGAAAUGGUGGUCACACUAAUGCCUAUACGAGUGGAUGUCAUACCAACUUUCACUUUGAUGUGUCGCCCAAUUCAUUGAAUGGUGCUCUCGACAGAUUCGCCCAAUUCUUCGUGUGUCCGCUCUUUACUGACAGCGCAACCGAUCGUGAGAUGAAUGCCGUCAACUCAGAGCACGAGCGCAACAUUGAUGAUGACGUCUGGAGACUAUCACAACUGGAAAAGAGUUUGUCUCAUCCCGACCACGACUUCAACAAAUUCGGAACAGGAAAUCUCGAGACAUUGAAAGACAGUCCUAUUUCUAAAGGCAUUAAUGUUAGACAAGAAUUGUUUUCGUUUCAUAAACAAUGGUAUUCAGCAAAUAUCAUGUCUUUAGUGGUUUUGGGCAAAGAAACAAUUGAAGAAUUACAAGAAUUGGUUGUUCCUCUUUUUUCUUUGAUUACGAAUAACAAUGUAUUAGUUCCGCACUGGGAUUCUCAUCCCUUUUCUAAUGAAUAUUUGAAGAAACAAUGUUUCGUUGUUCCGAUUUGUGAUACAAGAAGUCUUAGCAUUACAUUUCCCAUUCCGGAUCUGAUUCCACAUUACAAGUCACAACCGGGUCACUAUGUGGCUCACUUGCUUGGACACGAAGGACCGGGUAGUCUAUUAUCAGAAUUAAAAUCGCGCGGUUGGUGUACAAUACUAAAUGGUUACGACAGAAGAGGAGCCAAAGGAUUUGGUUUCUUCAAUGUUAGCGUCGAUUUGACUGAAGAAGGAAUUGAAUGCAUCGAUGAUAUCAUUACUUUGAUUUUCCAAUACAUUAAUUUGAUUAAUAAAGAGAGACCACAAAAAUGGAUAUAUGAAGAGGAAAAGAAAAUCAAAGAAAUUAAAUUUCAAUUCAAAGACAAAGAACGACCUCUUAAUUAUGUCAGAGGCUUGGCUUCAAUAUUACACGAUUAUCCUCUUAAAGAAGUGCUAAGUGCUGGCUAUUUAUUAGAAGAAUUUAGACCGGAUUUAAUUAUCGAUGUACUCAACCAUUUAAGUGUUGAUAACAUACGAAUGGCAGUCGUCGGCAAAAAGUUUAGUUCAAUUGCUGACAAAACAGAGAAGUGGUACGAAACUAAAUAUUUACUUUCGGAUAUACCCGAAGAUAAAUUGCAAAAAUGGAGAAAUUGUGGUUUCAAUGCUAACUUAGCGCUUCCACCCACUAAUGAGUUUAUUCCUUCCGAUUUAAAUAUUAAAUCAAAUGAAACGUCUUCUGAAACAAAACCUGAAAUUAUUAGAAAUACUGAUUUCUCUCGAAUUUGGUUUCUUAAGGACAAUAAAUAUUUGAAACCAAAAGUUUAUUAUGGAUUUGAAUUUACUAAUCCUCUGGCAUAUGCCGAUCCAUUUCAUGCAAAUGCCAUAUAUAUGUUCACUCGAUUAUUCCGCGACAGUAUAAAUGAAUAUUCUUAUGCCGCAGAAUGUGCCGGACUUUUCUAUAGUUUCUCCAAUACAUUCACCGGAUUAUCUGUGGAAUUAGGCGGAUAUAAUGAUAAACUUAAUAUAUUGUUGAUAAAAAUAUUAAAUAAAAUAACAGAUUUCAAGAUUGAUUCAAAAAGAUUUGAAGUGUUGAAAGAAAUUCAUAUAAGAAGUCUUAAAAAUUAUCCGACACGACCUAUGCAUGAAUUGCUUCGUUAUUAUACUUCUUUAAUCACUUCUGAAAGAUAUUGGUCUUAUGAAGAACUAUUGCAAACGGCUAAUGACAUGACUGUUGAAAAUGUAUUGCAAUUCGUGACCGAACUGUUCUCUCGAUUCCAUAUCGAAGCUUUAAUUCAUGGAAAUAUAAGUAAAAGCGAAGCACUUAUGGUCAUUGAUUUAGUCGAAAAUCAUUUUAAGACAUCAUCUCUUAAGACUAAAACAAUAUCAAUGUCACAACACUUUCGUAAUCGUGAAAUACAAUUAAUUGAUGGCUCAGACUUUAGUUUUGAAACAACAAAUAUAAUCCAUCAAACAAAAGGCAUUCAGGUUUAUCUACAAAUUGGAAUCCAAGAAACGGUCACAAAUGUUACGCUUGAAUUAAUCAAUCAAUUAUUAUCCGAACCUUUCUUCAAUAUACUCCGAACUCAAGAACAGUUAGGUUAUCUAACAUACUGUACAUUGAGACGGGCUAAUGGUGUUCAGGGUAUUUCAUUUGUCAUUCAAUCUGAUUGUUUGCCUCAAUAUCUCAAUGAACGUAUAGAAGCAUUCAUAGCCUACGCUGAGAAUUACAUUAAAGAUAUGAAGAGUGAAGAGUUUGAGGCAGAAAAGCAAUCAUUAAUUACACAUAAACUCGAAAAACCAAAACAAUUGUUGGAAUAUUCUAAAAGACUGUGGAAUGAAAUCGAUUCAAAACAAUAUAACUUCAAUAGAGAUGAGAUUGAAGUGAAUGCCUUAACUAAACUAACUAAAGAUGAUAUCAUGACUUUUUUUAGGAAACACUUAUUUUAUGAAUCCCCUAAUCGCAAGAAGUUAUUAGUUAGUAUAAUAAACCCAAACACUGUUAAUAUAGUCAAAUAUAACGGAUCAAAGGACAGUCAAUUAACAACUCCUGAACUGAAAGAAUCAAUCAAAAUAGAAAAUGUGAGUCAUUUUAGGAAUGGUAUGGCUCUUUAUCAACUUCCCGAGCCUUUCAUUGAUGUCUAUAAUAUAGAAAAAUCAAAACUUUAAAAAUAUAAUACUUUAUAAUUUAUUAUAUUUAUCAAAAAUAAUAGACUGAAU